AUGGAAAACCAUACAGACACUCAACCACCAGAAACCGACUCAUCACCACCACCAUCACCUGUACCCUUCCAGACACCCAACCUCGACCUACCACCUGACCAUAAUUUCCUUGCACCACCCACUCUUCCACUGCUCGCUAUAGUAAGUAACGUUUUUCAUCAAAAACAUCGAGAUUAUAACAAAAGGUUCUGACUUUUCUUUCUCAUUCUAUUUCUUUUGACUUAUUGAAUAAAAAAUGUCAUAAAACCUUUUGCUAUAAUCCUGAUGUUUUUGGUGAAAAAAGUUGUAUGAGCAAUUGUCUUUGAUAAAGGAAAAUAUUAAAAGUGGUAUAGAUGAUAAUUCCAUGUAAAAAUUUGAGUUUAUCACUGUUUCUGCUUGAUUUGAACUUACAGGCGUCUAUUUAAAAGAAACUAAACUUAGAAUAAAUUUUGUUCUAUCUGUUAUUCGAUGGUCGAAUGUAUUGCCUAUAUAAAAGAAAAAAACAGAUAAAAUGUACGCGUGGAAAGGAGAAAAGAGAGAAGAAAAAAAGUGACCGAACAGAAAAAACAGCCUAAAUUCACUAUAAUAAAUCGUAGAGACUGUGGCGACACAUGAAAAACUCAAGAUGUAAUUAUAAGAAGCCCGCUGUCGGAUUCGCCUUGAAAUUCUGCAUAUACCACCUUAGUUUCAUAAAGUUUGGUCGGGCGCGGAGCUUGCACCUAAUUUUGUAAUUUUGUAUUUAAUUAAAAGCAUCAAGGGGAACCUGAAACUUCAAAGAUGAUGACUUUUGAAUUUUCAUUAGCUCACAAUUACACACUUGAAAUAGGGUGAGAAAAAACACUCCCGACAUUCCGGAUCUAUAGCCACUAAUAGCUUUUACAUAGAUACAACGAAAUUCACAUGUAACAGCAAAAAACAUGAAACGUGUGCCUUUUCCUCCCGACAAAAAACACACUGGAUGUUGAAAUCUAUGAACCAUAAAACACUGACAUGCCUGAAAGGAUGAAAUGUAUGAAAUGAUGAAAAGAUGACAUCAUGAAAUGUAUGAAAAGAUGAACUGUAAGAUUGAUUGAUUGAUUGAUUGAUUGAUUGAUUGAUUGAUUGAUUGAUUGAUUUUUAUUUUGGUAACAACAAGACUGACAGUCUGAAUAUGUGAACACAGAUAAACAUACAAUAAAAACAGAAACCUUUAAUUUACAUCAAAAACCGGUUACCGGGAAAGCAAGAAAAGUGCGAUGCACCUAUAAACCUUGCUACCCUUUUCAUAGUUGG